AUGACACUCUCGGCACACAGCUCGCCAUGCCCUGCUCUCUUAGAGCCCAGGAUUUCACGGGACUCUUGGAAGGCGGCUGAGAGGAAGGGCUGCCUUCAUACCCGCAGGAGCCAGCCGAGCCAAAGGCGAGAUGUCCGGCCGCUGUUUCUAGCACCAGCUCACGACGGAGCCGCGGGGAGCCCGCGUGCCCACAGCGGCGGCCACACCGGCUGCCACCGCCGCCUCUGCUCUGCCGACCGGGCUGGGCAGAGCGGGGACGCCGAGAGAGCCCGACCGCGGCCCGGCGCGCUCACAGCAGGGCCGGCCCGGCGCGCGCCCGUGCGCGGCCCGCGGCGCUGUCCGGAGGCGCUGGCGGGGCCCUGUGGGCACGACGGGCACCGGCACCGAGCCGCGGUCCCAGCGCUGCCUCCCGGCGGGCGGAGCCUCCCGGGGCUGCUCCCUCCGUGCCGGUCCCGGCGGUGCCCGGCCCGCUGGUGCGAGGCGCCGGCACACGGCAGGUGCCGGUGGGAUUGUCAGGAUCAAGCAGAGCAGUUUUUUAGAAGUGGACAUACAAAUAACUGGGCAGUUUUGGUGUGUACAUCUCGAUUCUGGUUUAAUUAUCGUCAUGUGGCAAAUACUCUUUCAGUGUACAGAAGUGUCAAGAGGCUGGGCAUUCCUGAUAGUCACAUUGUCUUGAUGCUGGCAGAUGAUAUGGCAUGUAAUCCCAGAAAUCCCAAACCUGCUACUGUGUUUAGUCAUAAAAACAUGGAGCUAAAUGUCUAUGGAGAUGAUGUGGAAGUGGAUUACAGAAGCUAUGAGGUUACUGUGGAAAAUUUCUUGCGUGUUUUAACGGGAAGAAUCCCACCAAGCACACCACGAUCUAAACGUCUUCUUUCUGAUGACAGAAGCAAUAUUUUAAUAUAUAUGACAGGCCACGGUGGAAAUGGUUUCCUAAAAUUCCAGGAUUCUGAAGAAAUCACAAAUGUAGAACUUGCUGAUGCCUUUGAACAAAUGUGGCAGAAAAGGAGGUACAAUGAAUUGUUGUUUAUUAUUGAUACUUGUCAAGGAGCAUCCAUGUACGAACGAUUUUAUUCACCCAAUAUAAUGGCCUUGGCUAGCAGCCAAGUAGGAGAAGAUUCUUUAUCACAUCAGCCUGACCUGGAGAUUGGCGUUCAUCUCAUGGACAGAUACACAUUCUAUGUGUUAGAAUUCUUGGAAGAAAUCCAUCCAGCCAGUCAGACAAAUAUGAAUGACCUAUUUCAGGUCUGUCCAAAAAGCUUGUGUGUUUCCACCCCUGGGCACCGAACAGACCUGUUCCAGCGGGACCCCCAGAACGUUCUGAUCACGGAUUUCUUCGGCAGCGUCAGGAAGGUGGAGAUCACCGCAGGGGCGCUUGCCCUGGACCGGGACGUGGCUGCACUGGAAAGCAAGUUUCCAGAGGAGGAGUUGGCAACAGAGCCACUAAAAUAUGCUGAACAACUUCCUGUAGCUCAGAUUAUACACCAGAAACCAAAGCAAAAGGAUUGGCACCCUCCUGGAGGAUUUAUUUUAGGACUCUGGGCAUUGAUCAUCAUGGUUUUCUUCAAAACAUAUGGAAUCAAGCACAUGAAACAUGUUUUCUGAACUGGAGCAAACAAGAUACUUGCAUUGGCUGCUACUUUGGGUUCAUGGGUAUCUCCUGUGUUCUCUGCAUGGGGAUUAUGGUUGUGUUGAAACACUGUGUUGAUAUCUUCCUUCUAAAGGUUCUUUUGAAGCCAUCUCUUCUGCCCCUUCUUCUGGAAAGAUUCUAAAAAAAUGUUACUGUUAUUUGUCUUAAUUUAAACAUAUUUUAAUGCUUUUCUGAGCAUUUUUUCUUUUUGGUUAAACUUGAAAAAGGGCAGGACUUAAAAUCAGUAACAGGAUUUCUGUGGUUGCUUCUGGAUUGUAAAUGGGCAAAUUCUUUCCACCAUACUUUGAGGUAAAUCUUAGAAGAAGUAAUCUCUUACUAAAGAACUGGAUAUUGUGGAGAACUUUAUUGAAGAUGUCAUUCUGUCAACAAGAACUUAACCCACUUUGCAGACUUUGGCAUGGCAUAUUGAAAGCUUUCUUCACAAAAAUAAAAAUACUCUGGAAUAUAGUGAUUUCUUUUUCCUUAUUAUUUUUUCUUCCCUGUUAAAUAAAACCCUUAGAUUAGUCCUUUCAUCUUAGGCAGUUUUGAGUCUAGAAUUCUAGGAGUUGGUGAAAGUAAAAUGAAAAUUAUGACCUUGCUGAAUCUACUUAAAAAGAAAGCCAAAAAACUUGAAAGGACCUCACCAUGUCCAUUAGAAACCCUUCACAGGUGUUGUAUUUUCAAUGCAUACAGUAUGAACUUGGAUGCUUUCAGAAUUUUCAGUGCACUGGAUUUUGCACCAAAGAAAAUCGACUCUGGCAUCAGGAUGAAGAACAUUAUAAAUUGUACCAUUGUAUUCUGCAGUUUCUGAGCCCUCAGAAAAUGUGCUUUGUUGCCUGUGUUUUGUACAUUCUAGUUUGGCAUAUUGAUUUGUUCUUCCUGGACAUUUACUGAUGAAUGUAUGCUAGAAGGGUUUUGUCUGUAUAAUACAGUGAUAUUUGUGAAGAGAAGAGCAAAUCUGUGCAUGUGUAGAAACACAUCAGUCAGUGAGGAGAAGCUUUUGCCCUGUGCUUUUGGAACGUGUUCUCUACCUUAACCAAAAUAAAGCUUACCUGAUGCA